UACAACCGCGUUCACCAUUCAGAAAAAAAAACAAAUUAUUAACGUGCAAAAAAAUAUUUACGAUAUGGUAAUUAACACCGUUUGCUGCUGCGCUGUUUGAUUUACUUUAUACAUUUCAUACCUGGAUACCUAUUUAUCCUCGAUGUAUUAUUGAUAUGUUGUUUGAAAUUUAAAUGAGUUUGAGAAAUCGAUUGAACCCUGUAUCUAAUGUAAACAACCGCGGAGCCGUGAUAAGUAUAUAGGUUAUAGAAAUGGAGGAUAAAUUACCUAAUAUCAAACCAAAGGUUAAGCAAGUAUUCAUAAAAGUUCAUUUUCUGAAGAUUGGUGAAAUAGAUACGGUGAAAGAGAAGUACACAGCCGACAUUUUCAUACAAGCAAGAUGGCGGGAAAAGCAAUUAGAUCACAAGAAACUGAAACACAAGAAUGACUAUGUGCUGGAUUUAGACAGUUUCUGGGAUCCAAAGUUGAUUGUACAAAAUCUUAUAGAACAGACGAAAGAUGACAAACCGUGGAAAGAAGUCCAGUAUACAGAUAAAAAGAAAGCAUACAUUGUCGAAAAACGUCGCCUUCAAGGAGCAUUUUCUGAAAAACUAGAACUUCCGGAUUUCCCUUUUGACCACCAGUUCUUAAAUGUAUACAUUACGUCUGAAUACCCACAAAGCCAGUUAGAAAUCGUAGAAGACAAAGAAGAAAUAAGUCUGUUAAAUUCUGCAUGUUUUGUUGACGAACAAGAAUGGCAGCUGUGUGAUUUUGUUACAAUGCGAAAGAAGCCAACGAGAAAAGAUUUUUCUCAAAGGAAGCGAGUAACAUUUCCGGGUCUAAGUGCCGGAUGUUGUGCGGUCCGGAGAUGGAAGUUUUUCGUGUGGAAUAUGGUGCUAGUAAUGGGAUUUAUUUCAUCUACCUCAAUAGCCACAUUUGCAGUCGACAACAACUUGACACAGAAUCGUUUGCAGUUAUCCAUCACACUUAUGUUAACUACAGUAGCAUUCCGAAUAGUCACAAACCAAGGGUUACCGAAAAUAUCAUACAACACAAUAUUGGAUGUGUAUUUACUGUUUAGUAUGUUAUUUACAUACACAGUAUGUAUCUGGCACGCCGUAAUAUCACUGUUCUCUUCGCAGUCAUACCAGGACGACCUUGACCUGUAUAUUUUCAUUGUCAUGGUGAUAGUGUUUUGGCUGUUUCAAAUUGGUUUCGUUAUUUAUGUUAUAAUCAAAGUUUUCUUUAGGAAUAGAACAAUAAAAGAAAGCCUUCAACAGUAUGAGGAUCAUGCAAUGAAAGUAUUUGGAGACGGCUGGAAACACAAACGUAACACCCAAAAGAACGCUCUCAGGAAACGCAAACAAAGAGGCCGAGCGACUCGACCAUCAGAAGAUGGAUCGGACAAUGAAGACGAUGACGAAUUUAUCAAUACAUUUUUAAUCAGCCAAAAAGAAAGAAGAGUUUAAAGAACAAUAAUUUGAUAAAUUUUACAACAUGCAAACCAGUGCCAUAAACAGUAUUAAUUUUCUCGGUUGUCUUUUCGGUUAUUUUUAUAUUUUUAUUUUCAGGGGUCUUUCCGGUUAUUUUUUAUAUAUAUUUUUGUACAUUCAAAAUUUAAUAACGUUCAUUUUUUUAUAUUCAACAAUAUUAUUAUAUAAAUAAUGUAUUAAAAAGGCUACUGUCGUUA